UUUUUUUUUUUCUUUGUUUUCUGUUUAUUUUUUUUUAACUUUUUAUUUAUAAUAAAUAAAGACUUUUUCUUAUUUAUUCACUCUAUUAUGAUGUCGAAUUAUGAACAAUCGAAUACACCUUUAAUGAAUGAAAAGUUACCUGGAAUUGAUAAGCUGCCAAAAAUAGAAGAAAAUAAUAAUAUUAUAAUCGAGAAUAAUUCUACUUAUUUACCUCCUCCCUGUGCUGGUAAUACAUUGAAUCCAGGAUUGAUGUAUCCUCAUCAUAUAUCACCUCCUCUCACUCCAGCUGUUUCACCUUCCUCUGUAUUAUAUGAUUCAUUACAAUUCAAGCGUAAAUUUUCUGUCGAUGUUGGCCCUUUUAGUUUUGGAACUUCUUCAAUGGAUCAAGAUGCUUAUCGAAGAAGUUCAUGUUCUGCUAUAUCCAUGGAAGGUAUUCAAAAUAAUACACAACGUUGUCAUGAGGAUCAAGCUGAUUAUAGCUUUUUGAACUCAAAUAAUGAUAUUCAACAAACAAUGACAGUUCAUCAGCAAUUGAAGACACCUUCUUCUUCUUCUUCUACUACUACUACUACUACACGUCGUGGUCAUCAUUUAACUGCUGGACCUAUUACAAAACAUAAACAUGUUUGCAAGUAUCCUUAUUGUAAAUGGAGUUUUAAACGCUAUGAACACUUGAAGCGUCAUAUGUUGGUUCAUACUGGUAAACGUCCUCACGUUUGCACUUAUCCUAAUUGUGGUAAAAGUUUUAGUCGUUCUGAUAAUUUUCAUGCUCAUUAUCGCACACAUACGAGAAAAGAAAAUAUGGCCUAUCAGACGAAAAGAUCAACAAAGGCAGCAAAGACGACUAAUACUAUUACUACAUCCAUGGUGACUCCUGAUGAUGAUACUACUACUACUACUACUACUACUACUACAUCACCAUCAUCUAUCCCUAAUGUGACUACUCAACAUGUAUUUGAUGAUAGAGCUAAUCCAUUCUUUAUUAAACAAGAGCCUCAGUCAUUUGAUAUGUCUUCUUAUCAAGACAUGUAUCAUCAUCAUCAUCAUCGUCCCUCUUAUCCUUCUGAGGUAAUCCUAUAUAUGUACAUGCAUUUUCAUGUUUUAUAGGGUCAAAUAAUCUAAUCACUUUUAUAUAUGUAUACAGGAAACAAAUGGGUUUGAGCACCACCAGUAUAUGCGUCAUUUUAAU